ACUCUGAGGCAAGGGGUUGGGGGUGGGAAGGGAAACAGAGAAAAGGCAAGUGAAACAGAAGGGGAGGUGCAGUUUCAGAACCCAGCCAGCCUCUCUCUUGCUGCCUAGCCUCCUGCCGGCCUCAUCUUCGCCCAGCCAACCCCGCCUGGAGCCCUAUGGCCAACUGCGAGUUCAGCCCGGUGUCCGGGGACAAACCCUGCUGCAGGCUGUCUAGGAGAGCCCAACUCUGUCUUGGCGUCAGUAUCCUGGUCCUGAUCCUCGUCGUGGUGCUCGCGGUGGUCGUCCCGAGGUGGCGCCAGCAGUGGAGUGGUCCGGGCACCACCAAGCGCUUUCCCGAGACCGUCCUGGCGCGAUGCGUCAAGUACACUGAAAUUCAUCCUGAGAUGAGACAUGUAGACUGCCAAAGUGUAUGGGAUGCAUUCAAGGGUGCAUUUAUUUCAAAACAUCCUUGCAACAUUACUGAAGAAGACUAUCAGCCACUAAUGAAGUUGGGAACUCAGACCGUACCUUGCAACAAGAUUCUUCUUUGGAGCAGAAUAAAAGAUCUGGCCCAUCAGUUCACACAGGUCCAGCGGGACAUGUUCACCCUGGAGGACACGCUGCUAGGCUACCUUGCUGAUGACCUCACAUGGUGUGGUGAAUUCAACACUUCCGAAAUAAACUAUCAAUCUUGCCCAGACUGGAGAAAGGACUGCAGCAACAACCCUGUUUCGGUAUUCUGGAAAAUGGUUUCCCGCAGGUUUGCAGAAGCUGCCUGUGAUGUGGUCCAUGUGAUGCUCAAUGGAUCCCGCAGUAAAAUCUUUGACAAAAACAGCACUUUUGGGAGUGUGGAAGUCCAUAAUUUGCAACCAGAGAAGGUUCAGACACUAGAGGCCUGGGUGAUACAUGGUGGAAGAGAAGAUUCCAGAGACUUAUGCCAGGAUCCCACCAUAAAAGAGCUGGAAUUGAUUAUAAGCAAAAGGAAUAUUCAAUUUUCCUGCAAGAAUAUCUACAGACCUGACAAGUUUCUUCAGUGUGUGAAAAAUCCUGAGGAUUCAUCUUGCACAUCUGAGAUCUGAGCCAGUCGCUGUGGUUGUUUUAGCUCCUUGACUCCUUGUGGUUUAUGUCAUCAUACAUGACUCAGCAUACCUGCUGGUGCAGAGCUGAAGAUUUUGGAGGGUCCUCCACAAUAAGGUCAAUGCCAGAGACGGAAGCCUUUUUCCCCAAAGUCUUAAAAUAACUUAUAUCAUCAGCAUACCUUUAUUGUGAUCUAUCAAUAGUCAAGAAAAAUUAUUGUAUAAGAUUAGAAUGAAAAUUGUAUAUUAAGUUACUUCACUUUAAUUCUCAUGUGAUCCUUUUAUGUUAUUUAUAUAUUGGUAACAUCCUUUCUAUUGAAAAAUCACCACACCAAACCUCUCUUAUUAGAACAGGCAAGUGAAGAAAAGUGAAUGCUCAAGUUUUUCAGAAAGCAUUACAUUUCCAAAUGAAUGACCUUGUUGCAUGAUGUAUUUUUGUACCCUUCCUACAGAUAGUCAAACUAUAAACUUCAUGGUCAUGGGUCAUGUUGGUGAAAAUUAUUCUGUAGGAUAUAAGCUA